UAAGGGCGUGGUCGUGGGGAGCGAGGUUCCAUCUCGCGUUCGCGUUCGCUGGCGUGCAUCUUUAUCGCUCCACUUACCCUUUGUCGACCGGCGCGUGGGGCGCAUUCUUCAGCUGUUGGCACCGCGGCCGGGCGCAAUGAGGCGGGCGGCAAUGCGGCUUGGCGCCUUGAGCAAGGGGCUGCUCACUCCUGGCAGAGGACUGACUCAAGGCUCUCAGGACCCUAGGAAGCAGGGAAUCUUGCAUAUUCGUGAAGCAUGUUCAUCUAUACAUGUGAAUCAUGUUCGAGAUAAGUUGCGGGAGAUUGUAGGAGUAUCCACAAACUGGAGAGACCAUGUGAAAGCGAUGGAGGAGAGAAAGCUCCUUCACAGCUGUCUGGCGGACUCGCAGCAGGGCCUGCAGCCCAGGAGGAUGAAGGACAGUUACAUUGAAGUUCUCUUGCCUUUGGGCAGCGAGCCUGAAUUACGAGAGAAAUAUUUGACUGUUCAAAACACUGUAAGAUUUGGCAGGAUUCUUGAGGACCUUGACAGCUUAGGAGUUCUCAUUUGUUAUAUGCACACCAAAAUUCCUUCAGCUAAGAUGUCUCCUUUAUCAAUAGUUACAGCCCUGGUGGACAAGAUUGAUUUGUGCAAGAAGAGCUUAAGCCCGGAACAGGACAUUAAGUUCAGUGGACACGUUAGCUGGGUAGGGAAGACAUCAAUGGAAGUGAAGAUGGAAAUGUUCCAGUUGCAUGGUAAUGAGUUUUGUCCUGUUUUGGGCGCAACAUUUGUGAUGGUGGCUCGUGAUUCUGAAAAUAAAGGGCCAGCAUUUGUAAAUCCGCUCAUCACUGAAAGCCCAGAGGAAGAAGAACUCUUUAGACAAGGAGAAGUGAACAAGGGGAGAAGGAUUGCCUUUAGCUCCACGUCAUUGCUGAAAAUGGCUCCCAGCGCUGAAGAGAGGACUACCAUACAUGAGAUGUUUCUUAACACACUGGAUCCAAAGACAAUAAGUUUUCAGAGUCGUGUUUUGCCCCCUAAUGCAGUAUGGAUGGAGAAUUCAAAACUGAAAAGCUUGGAAAUUUGCCACCCUCAGCAGCGGAACAUUUUCAAUCGAAUCUUUGGUGGUUUCCUUAUGAGAAAAGCAUAUGAACUUGCGUGGGCUACUGCUUGCAGUUUUGGUGGUUCCAGACCAUUUGUGGUGGCAGUGGAUGAUAUCAUGUUUCAGAAACCGGUUGAAAUUGGCUCACUGCUGUUUCUGUCUUCACAGGUGUGCUUUACUCAGAACAACUACAUCCAAGUGAGAGUGCACAGUGAAGUGUCCUCUCUCCAGAAUAAAGAGCACAUGACCACCAAUGUCUUUCAUUUCACAUUCAUGUCAGAAAAAGAAGUGCCCUUGGUUUUCCCCAAAACGUACGGAGAGUCCAUGUUGUAUUUAGACGGGCAGCGGCAUUUCAGUUCCACGAGCGUGCCGGUGACCUUGAGGAAAGACCACGUUGUGGAGCCCUAGGAAAACCUCAGUGAGGACCAGCACUCCGCCUGCAGUGUCGUCAUGGCAGAUGAAGGCCUGAUCAAGUGUAUUGGUUUUAGUGUUGCUUCUUAUCCUCCAUAGAGGAGGAGAAUGUAUUUAGCUUUUAGGAUAAUCAGAAAAGCAGAGUGAAAGAGUAGAUGGGACUGAGAGGACAGAGUUUUUAAACAAUAAAUACCUUGAAAAAUUUUUUUAAUUGUGACCUCUCCAUGUUGCCUCUUGUCUGCUAAAGGAAUUAGGGCAAAAUGCUUUUUUUUUUUUUUACACAGAUGUUGCAUUUUUAUACACAUACAACUAUCCUUAUAUAAGGUUUCCUACUAGGGUAUUUGAGUAACUUUUUUUGAGAUUGAUUGAUUUGAGAGGCAGAGUAAUGGAAAUAAGGAGGAAAGGAUUGAGGGAGGGAGGUGGAGACAAAGAGAGAGAGAGAGAGAGAGAGAGAGUUAUCGAUCUUUCUGUUGGUUUAACUCCAAAUGGCCACAAAAGCCCAAGGCUAGGCUAAGCUAAGCUAAAGCCGGAAGCCCAGAACUAAAUCCACCUUUCCUAUAUGGGUAGUAGGUGCCAUUUUCCACUGCUUUUCCAGGCAUAUUAGCAGGGGAAAUAUCAUUUUCCACUGCUUUCCCAGGCAUAUCAGCAGGGGCUGAAUCAGAAGUGGAGCAGCCAGGACUUGAACUGGUGCUCAUAUGGGAUGCUGGUAUUGCAGGUAGUGGCUUAACCUGUUGUGCCACAAAGCUGGCCCCUAAGGAGCAGGGGUUUGGUGCAGUGGCUAUGAUACCACCUGAGGGGCCUGUGCUGUGGCAUAGUGGGUAGAGCUGCUGCCUCCAGUGCCGACAUCCCAUAUGAGCAUCGGUUUGAAUCCCGGCUGCUCCACCUUCAAUCCAGCUCUCUGCUAUGGCCUGGGAAAGCAGUAGAAGAUGGCCCAAGUCCUUGGGCCCCUGCACCUGCAUGGGAGACCCAGAAGAAGCUCCUGGCUUUGGAUUGGCACAGCUCCAGCCAUUGUGGCCAAUUCGGGAGUGAACCAGAGGUUGGAGGACCUCUCUCUCUCUCUGCCUCUCCUCUGUGUAACUUUGACUUUGAAAUAAAUAAAUCUUAAAAAAAAAAAAAAACCAUGGCACCUGAGAUGCUUGCAUCCCAUACCAGAGUGCCUUGGUUCAAGUCGUGGCUCAGAUUUUGGUUCUGGCCUCCUGCUAAUGUACACCCUGGGAGGCAGAAGAUGAUGGCUGAAGUGCUUGGGCCACGUGGGAGACCUGGGUUGAGUCCCUGCCUUCGGCCUGGUCCAGCCCUGGCUAUUGCUGGCAAUUGAGAACUGAACCAGCAUAUGCAAUCAGUUUCUGUCUCUGUCUCUUUCUCUGUCUCUUUGCUUUUGAAAUAAAAGUAAUAAAAGUAAAUAACACUUUUAAACAUUUCCUUUCAAAAAAAACAAUAAUAGUAGCUGCUUGUGCUUAUGGAGCACAUGCUGUGUGCUAGGUAAGCAUGCCCUUACCACCUGAUAUGAAUUAGCUAAUGCAGUUCCGUCUAACACUGUGUGGCGCUCAGGAAGCCGAAGCAUAGAAAGAUGAGUAACUUGCUCAAGGUUCAUGGACUCAGAAGUGGUGAUGUUGGGAUUCAGAACUAGGCAGCGUGGGUCCAGGGUACUCUUAACUGGUGCACUAUACUGCUUUCAGGGAGUUUGUACCUCAUCAAAGUGUCACCCAGAAACCUAAAAGGAGGCAUUCCUACUAAUCUGCAGCUAAGACAGAUGGGAGGGGAACUUGAAUCAAGUUCAGAAAAGAAAACAAAAGCUGCAUGGAGGAGAACCGUGAUCUCUGAAAAAGGCACUAUCUUCUGUAGUCUGGAUUCUAGAGCAGCAGUUACAAACGUGGCUCUGCCAUGGGAUUAGCUGGGAUGUGUUUAGAAAUACAUUUUAUGUAAUACUGAUUGAAGUCACAGUAUCCACAAGCACCUCUGACCUAGUCAUGGGAUCAAAAACAACUGUCUCUUGGAGGCAUGCAUAUUAGCUCAUGGAAUCAAGCAGUGCUGUACUGUCAAGUAGCUUGGCUUUCCAUGUUGUACUACUAUCCUGAGAUUGACCUGAUCCUUCAAGACAGUAUUUCUCACAUCAGCUUAGGAGGUGGUGAGGCUAGGUGGCUAAUGGGUUUUGUUACUUGAAGAGUUUUGUUAAUGUGUUAAGUGGAAUACAGUAUGUAGAGACCUAUUGCAUGCUACUGUAUACAUUAUAUAUUAAACCAUUUGUUGCUGUACAGUGAGCCUUUUUCUAGAAUUUUUUU